GAGCACAAACUCAUCCAGUUUACAUCGUGUUGUUGAAUAAGAAGGAAAGCCCUUGUAGUACCCCAGAGACGAGCAAAUUUUGACCUGAGAACGUUUUCACACGGUUAAAUUUUCAUCACUUCGAAUUGCAAGAUACUUUUGAUAAAAGAUGGCAAACAUGGUUGGAAGCACGCCGCUACUCGAUCAGUUGGAGGUAUUCCAGUAUCUUAGAACGUUCCAACUGAAUCACUUGACGCAGAUGAACCAGUGGAACAUUCUGCACGCCAAUCAGCCAAGCGUACCAGAAGCCACGCCAGCUCCAGGAUUUGAACGACUCGUACCUACUCAACGAGCAGACCAGCUUGUUCCCUCAUCGACUGCUCAAGCAGUGGACGGCGUUCCUCACAUGUCUUACAUGGAACACUUGACGAACGAAGAGGACGAAUUUGAUAACAUUUUCAAUGGUGCGCCAAACCUUCCAGACUACGCUGUUUUCAAUUUCGAUUUGGAAAACGAUAUUGAUCAGCCGCCUGACCUGUCAGUUUUUGACAAGUUCCAGGACCAGGAUGAAGUAGCCAAUGAAGUACCAAGGGAACAGUAUCCACUCACAGUGAUACCCACAGUGCUCCCAGUGCAGAUGAAGAUAGAGGCAAGAUCUCCGAGUUGCUGUAACUCAGAGUGUAGUUAUCCAUCUGCCAGCCCACCCCACAGCCCGUCCAUCAGUGAAGCUGGUUCAAAUGCAUACAGCACUGACGAGGGUAUUGUGGAAGACAUGAGCGACCUUAGCGACCUUGAAGAAAUCUUGAGCAAUUUAGGUUCCCCACAUUCAGUACACGAAGACGCUGAGAAACAGCCCCAAGCUGAUGUUAAAGAAGAACCAGCUGUGCCUGUCACUCCACCAAAGGGAAGAAGAAAGCGUGGACCCAAACCACCAGUCAAAUAUCGAGGUGAUGGUCCCAUCCAGCUCUGGCAGUUUCUUCUUGAGCUUCUUAUCAACGUUGAAUGCACGAAUUUGAUCAAGUGGACCCAGGAAGAGGAUUAUGAGUUCAAAAUCCUUCAGCCUGCGACAGUGGCAAAGAUGUGGGGUAAGAAAAAGAACAAACCUACCAUGAACUAUGAGAAGCUGAGCCGUGGCCUUCGCUACUAUUAUGGCAAGAAUGUCAUUGAAAAGGUCCAUGGCAAAAGAUAUGUCUACCAGUUCAUGUGCAAUAUCCCCAAGAUCCUUGGCUAUGAUCCCAUGGUUAACAAGUGUGAAGAUUUCGUGGAGGACUCGGUCUGUGGAGAACCAGUGAUGUCGCCUGAAGUUGAAGGUCUACUUGUUUCCUCUUCAGUUGAAGAGGGCAAACUUGCAGGAUCUCUCGACUUUAGUCUUCUGUUCUAGUUUUCCCUUUUUUUUUUGUUGAUAACCCAAACGUGUUUUACUUCGGUAAUAGUUUUUGUAGCUUGUAUCAAGCACUAAAUAGGCAGUUAGCCUCUUUUUUAUGAAUCGUAUCGAUUCGUCCCCCAACCAAAAUUCUGAACAGCAAAUUGUAUAACUGUGCUUAAAGUUGUAUCUAGUGAAACAGAUAUUUAUAGGGUCAUAUAAUUUGCUUGUCACAAUUUUCAUAUUAUGCAUACUGUGUAUGCUCAGAUUCUCCAUGUUAAGAAAGAAGAAAUAAAUACCAAAAAAAAAAGGUUUAGUAGGUUCCCGUAAGAUGUCCUAGUUCAUAAUGGUCCAAGAAAGCUUUAAGUUGUUCAUAAAACCACAGUUGUGAGGUUGUUUUAAGAAUUUUUGCAGUUAUUAACGUAGGUGUUUCCAAUGUUAAAAACAAAGUGGCCAAAAAAGGCCAAAAAAGUUUGCAGUUAAUUAUAGUUAACAAGUUUCUCAGGUUGGAAGUGAUAGGUGUUGCUUCUGCUAAUGAGGAAUCUUUCAUAAAAGGAAUCAAUGAAUUUGUAAAAGGAAGUAUUUUCCAGUUUAUUCCAUGAGUGUUGAUAUUUUAAAAGUAAGUUGUGUACAUUUGCUCUAAAAGAUACAAAACAAUUAUUAAAAACAGUAGUUGUAAGUUCUCAUAUGUAUACAUGUUAUGUUAUGCAUGCAAAAGAGAUUUUUAAUUCAAGUUGUAUUUUUACCUGUUUUCCCCUCUCUUAUUGCUACUGGGUAGCUUGUAUAUGUCAGUAAAAAUACAGUUGUAAAAUUAAGGUCAAGUAAAAUAAAAACAUAUAUAAAGUAAA